UUCACUGGGGAGAGGGGCCAGCAUCAGCAGCAGCAUCAACAACAUCAGCAGCGAACCAGUUGGGCCCGAUGAGCGAACAAAUGGUGGACAUCACCGAUGUGCUGCGUCGCAAGGCCCGUGAAGUUGCCAACGACGCUGUUGUGAAGAGCCCACAGUUCUCGCUGUUCCAAGGAACACAGGCGUUGGAGAUCAACAACAAGAGGUUGGACUCUGGGAUCAUUGAGCUGAGUGUGGAGGAGGAGGAGUUCGACGUGUUGUGUAAGAGGUCGCUGCAAGAGGUGCUGGCCACGAGCGAUGCCAUCUUCAGGAAUGUGUUUAUAUGGCUCCAGAACUCGAGUCUGUCAGUGACUGUCUUCAGCUGCCGUUAUGUUGAAGAACUGUUGGUGAUCUACAACAAGGAUGCGAACAAGGGCAUCUCGAGCUGUCGGUUUGGCGCUGUUGAGAACGUGUCCAUGGACCCUGAGCUUUUGCUGGUCCACAAGGUGUUGAGAUCUGUUGUGCUGGGUGCAUUGCACCUCGUUAGGCUGUGUUUGACUCUGGGACAGAGUGGUGUUGUGUAUGAGGAAGAGGACAUAAACACCCAGACGAUGAACCUCAACGUCAUAACCAUGGUUGAAUCCAACGAUAUACUGAAGGAGUUGAACGACUCAGUGGACUUUCUAAAGAGUAAAUACGCUGACUCAAAGGAUUCUGAAAUACUCCAAUUGAUUCUUAAAACGCUGGUCCAGCUCAUCAACUUGCCUCAAUUCAUCGCGUUGAAAGUUCCCAAACUGACAGAUUGCUCAACUCCACCACAGUCACCCGCAAUGGUGAGCUCGUUGGCAGCAUUGGUCGAUUCUCUGGUCACGCAUGUGGAUUAUCUCAACUCUUUACCUCAAAUCCCCGGAUGCUUCUCCAUGGGGAUCCAAAAGAGACUGGAUAACAGACUGCCUUCCAGAGAUUUGAUCCCAUUAAAAUCAGAAGAUUACUCGUCUCUGAAAGUGCUCGUGGAUGAUUUACAAAGAAUAUGGGCAAUCUCGAACAGGUUGACCUCACAAGACGUUGUUAAUCAUGCCCUUAAUUUCGCCAACACCCAUCAUCAUGUCAUAUCAAGAGCUAUAUAUGCCUUGUUUUUGGUCAGAGAUGAUGCAACCGUGUUUGGAGUGGAGAAAGUGUCUGACUUCCUCAAUGAAGAGAUGUUACGAUUCAGCUGCUGGGACUCUGAAUACAUCAAUACGUCAAAUGAAAUCGUCAAGCAGAAAGUGGCAGAACUGACACAUCAGAUAAGUUCAGUUGCAUUGGAAUGGCUCAGCGUAAUGAAUCAAAACCCGUGUCGUCAGAGACAACACUUUUCGAGACUUAUCACGGUGUUUGAUACCUUAGAAUACAACUCUGAGAACUUUGAACGCAACUUGAAGGAAGUGUUUCAAGUGAAUGAAGAAUUUGAGUAUAACGGUGAAUUGGUUCUUGCAUUACCGAUAACGUCUUGGGUGUGCUAUGUCAAAAUGGAUAUAAUGCUACACGUUGUACUACGUGGAUUUGAACUGGAGCUGUAUCAAACUUGGGAGUUCCACCAAAUGUACUGGUACGUUAACUACCUCGUGGAUAACAUCCUUUUGAUCCUUGAUAGGGUUAUCGAGUAUAACCGUUCAAAGAUCUAUAAGAUCCAACAGAUGAAGAACCAACUCAAGAAGAAGAAAGGUGAUCAAAAGCUAAGGUACAAGGAGAAGAUGAUGAAGAGACAAGCCCAGAUCCCUUCGUUACAACUGUUCGUCGACACUUUGAACAAAAAAAUUGUUCAGUACAAAAUCAUCCAGGGACUGGCAGUAUUGCAAUCCAUCCAAUUGCAGAAAUACAUCAAAUCUGGUAUCUUGAAAACUCCAGAUUUCCCAUUUGUUCAAAAUGAAGAGAUUCUGUAUAAGCUACGUAUGAAACCGUUCGCCUCUGUUGGAGUUCCAAGUUUACCACCUUACUCACACUAUCAAUUCCAUUUGAAAAAUUCUCUGAAGCAACCACACACGCCACAGGAUAUCAACCACGUAAAGAGCUCCAUCCUUUCCAAUAUCAAGAUCAUAACAGAUGGAAUCCAAUCAAAGGAUGUCACUGUGAGUAUGCACAUCUGUUCUCAAGAUUGGUUACACUGGUUUAGACAGCUACAGAGAUCGUGUAUUGGUAUUGGUUUGCAAUUACAGAAACCAAUCACAGCAACACAGAGAGUUGUCAUAGAUAGCAAGGGAUUCCAUCGUUAUUUCCCGGUGGUGAACAGUGAAUAAAUGCCCAAAUCCGGAGUUUCAAUAAUAUGUCUAAAGGCUACAUAGAUGAGUAGGGCUAUAGUUGGGCGCAUAAUCACGUGUUGUUUCUUAGGGCUCCAAAUGUCUCCUUCGCGAAAUCGCUAAAAGUUGGAAAAAGAAAAAAAAC